GGAGAACUUCCCUUAAAUUGAAUGCAUUUUCAGUGAAAUAAACAAACCGUUCAUUGAAUCCAAGAAAACACCAUUAAAUCAGUGAUAGUGUCGACCAUUGGUUGCAGACAUGGGAGGGAUGUUCACGAAAGACCACUUGGAUGUCACACAUCUGACACUUCCACACAAACGCCUACCACUCAGAGAAUACCCGUCCGAUAGGGAUGAGUCACCAUUUGAUCCGAUGAUUGGAUUCCCUCAUGGACGCAAACCCAGAGUGAUGAUAGCGACCGAAGAGGAGAUGGACAGCGGAAAACUG